CAUUUUUACUCUACUGAGCUCAUCCUUGCCAUCGGGAAGCCACCAAUUGCAGAAGUCCGAUUUAGAGAAUUUCUAUCUCGAAAUUCUUAGUCCUCGACAUUGAGCAUACCAAGACCAUGGACCGAUUAUAAAGGAUAAUCUCAAUUGCUUAUGUAUCGUGCAAUUCGAGCACGACAGGGCCUUAGCUGGCCUAGACACCUUUUACGAUCUUCGCGAAGAUGUUACGUCACUGAUGUCGAAAUAGAAAAGGCGCGGCAAUAUUGUAUUGCGCAGCUGAGACAGUCAGACUACGAUUCUUAUUUGAUUCGGAAUCUGUUGCCCAAGUCGCGGCAAGACAUCUACGAUGCAUUACGAGCAUUCAAUCUUGAGCUGGUGCGACUCCCCGAGCUCGUUUCCAACCCGACGAUCGGUCAAUUGCGAAUGCAAUUCUGGCGAGAUGCCGUGAACAACACAUUCUCUGGCAAGCCGCCAAAAGAACCAAUCAUGAUCCUAUUAUAUAAGGUCAUCAAGGAGCUUACCGAGAAAGGUGGCGCACCUAGCUCUAUCAAGUUCUGGCUGCUACGCCUGAUCAAUACUCGGGAGAAGUAUAUGGAUAAUCGGCCGUUCCCCAGCUUAGCUUCGUUAGAGGAAUAUGCGGAAAAUACAUAUUCAACGCUUAUGUAUUCGAACCUGGCAGCACUCCCUAUCCAAUCCAUGCAUAUGGAUCACUUAGCCAGCCACAUUGGCAAGGCGUGCGGUAUAGUAGCUGUUCUGAGGGGCAUACCGAUCUUGGCAGCGCCUUCACCACCUGUGAAGUCCCCUGGGGGAGCUAGCGUAGGUAGCGGCAGGAACCCCGUCCUAUUAUUGCCUCUCGAUGUCAUGGCGGAAACGGGUCUGAAGGAGGAAGAAGUUUAUCGCAACGGUCCUCAAGCAGACGGUUUCCAAGAUGCCGUCUUCAAAGUCGCCACCCGGGCUAAUGAUCAUCUUAUUACCGCAAGAGAGAUGUUGAAAAACCUCCAGGCGGGACAGAAUCCGGGUCACGAAUACGAGCACCAUGGUGAAGAGCAACACGAAUAUCCGUUAGUAGCUGUUGGAGACGAUGACACAAAGAGGGACCUUCGUCGGGGGUUUGGCGUCCUAUUGGAAGGUGUCCCGGUCGGCGAUUAUUUGACGAGGCUUGAAGCUCAAAACUUCGACCCUUUCAUGGUGAAAAGUAGCUGGAAGCUCCCAUGGCGACUAUGGAGGGCAGCCAAAACUCAACAAAUAUGAAACCAAAGUUACCAUUUCAUUGAGUGGUAUAUAUACUACAAUCACGAGUAAGCGAUUUCUCAUGUAAGACAUAUAUGUAAAAUAUCUUGGCAUAGUAACAAACAAUUAUCACAUCAUUUAGCCAUCUAUCCUUAAAUCCGACUACGAUAAUGUUCAGUUUGCUUCUUUAGUACCUCAUCUGAUGUAAGGGACCGAAAUAUUCACUCAUAUCCGAAAUUCGCAUGAGCGAUCC